AUGUCGCAACCCUCGGAACUCGCCCAGCAACGAGCAGAAGACUUCAGGAAAUUCAAGAACUAUGCAGCCCUUGGAUUCAUCGUCGCUGCUCCCAUUAUUAUUGCACUACCUCCUCGAAAACUCGACCUUUACACAGCCUCUCUAACAACGGCAUUCAUCAUCUCCGCAGACCAUCUCCUUACAGAACGAACAGGCAAAGGCAUAGUCUCACAGAUAGCGGGCUACCUUCCGACCGGCAAACCAUCAAUUGUCCGUGACCUCCCGACGAAAAAGGCUGAAGAGUUCAGUGAGCGUAUGCGGCUCGCGAGAACCCAGGAGCAGGAGAUAGAGAGAUUAAGAGUUAGCAGGGGUGAAGAGGAAGAGCAAAAGAGCCUCACCUUGCAGGAGUCUGUCAAAAAGCUAUGGAUGGGCAAAGAGACUGAAGGAUGGCAGGAAAGGAGGCGAGAGGAAGAGAGAAAGGCUCUGGCAGAGGGGAAGGGAUAUGCUGAUAUCAUAAUGGACUAUAUCCGAGAUGCCUGGAGGAUGGAUGAGGGCGGCGAGCAAGGCGAUAAUGCAGAGAAAAAGCCGGCGGAACAGCAAGAGAAGGGUUCAACGAGCUAA